GUGUUUGUAACGAAAAUGUGGCGCGAGAGGUAGCCUGUGUAGUUUGUACAUACAAACUUUUUAAGUAAAAAACGAAUCUAAAGCACUUUUACCAAGUGUAGUUAUUAGACAUUUGGGAACCUAUUUUACUUUAAGAGGCGAACGGAAAAGGAACUGACGGCCCUCAAGGCAAAUAUGCCCCGUAGACGACAGGUAAAACAAUAGAGUGCAUGUGGGGAGCGGCUCAGAUGGGACUGAAGAUUCAGACUCUUCUGCUGAACGAGAACAAACAAACAGUUCAGAGAGUGAUGGAAACAUGCCCAAGAGAACUCGCCUCACAAGAGCAUCUCUGCGCUUAAGCCAAAGUUCACAAGACACACCAGAUGUGAAGCGGGUGGGCGACCAUGAUGAGUCUCCACCAUUGACGCCCACCGGCAAUGCCCCUUCCUCUGAGUCUGAGCUGGACAUCUCCAGCCCCAACGCCUCCCAUGACGAGAGCCUAGCCAAAGACCCUGCCCUCAGAGACUCAGACAAAGACCUCUCCCACCGGCCCAAGCGUCGCCGCUGCCAUGAGACCUACAAUUUUAAUAUGAAGUGUCCCACACCGGGAUGCAACUCGCUGGGACAUCUAACAGGAAAACAUGAACGUCAUUUUGCCGUUUCUGGAUGCCCACUUUACCACAACCUCUCUGCUGACGAAUGCAAAGUGAAAGCAUCCACCCGCGAGAAACACGAAGAAGAGCCUAAGGUUCCGGAGGAAAGCAACAGACACGCCACAAGACAUCAGACGCCCACUUCAAAACAGACGAGAUACAAAGAGCAGGUGAACGAGAUGCGAAAGGGAAGGAACUCUGGGCUGCCAAAGGAGCAGAAGGAGAAAUACAUGGAACAUCGACAGAGUCAUGGCAACACCCGAGAGCCUCUUCUGGAAAACAUCACUAGUGAAUAUGACCUGGAGCUCUUCAGAAAGGCCCAGGCGCGCGCAUCUGAAGAUCUCAAAACACCACAGGAGAAGCUGCGGAUUCAGGGCCAGAUCACGGAGGGCAGCAACAUGAUAAAGACCAUCCUGUUUGGCCGCUACGAGCUGGACACUUGGUACCACUCGCCCUACCCCGAAGAGUAUGCCCGUCUGGGACGCCUCUACGUUUGCGAGUUUUGCCUGAAGUAUAUGAAGAGCCAGACCAUUCUGAGACGACACAUGGCCAAGUGUGUGUGGAAGCAUCCGCCUGGAGAUGAGGUCUACAGGAAGGGAGCCAUCUCUGUCUUUGAGGUUGAUGGCAAGAAAAACAAGAUCUACUGCCAGAACCUGUGUCUACUCGCCAAACUCUUCCUGGAUCACAAGACGCUGUACUACGACGUGGAACCGUUUCUUUUCUACGUUAUGACUGAGGCCGACAACACAGGCUGCCAUCUUGUGGGAUACUUCUCAAAGGAAAAAAACUCUUUCCUCAACUACAAUGUCUCCUGCAUCCUGACAAUGCCCCAGUACAUGAGACAAGGCUAUGGAAAGAUGCUGAUCGACUUCAGUUACCUGCUGUCCAAGGUAGAAGAAAAAGUGGGCUCCCCGGAGCGGCCCCUGUCGGACCUGGGCCUCAUCAGCUACCGUAGCUACUGGAAGGAGGUUCUGCUGCGAUACAUGUAUAACUUCCAGGGCAAGGAGAUCUCUAUCAAAGAGAUCAGCCAGGAGACGGCCGUGAACCCUGUGGACAUCGUCAGCACCCUCCAGUCCCUGCAGAUGCUCAAGUACUGGAAGGGAAAGCACCUCGUCUUGAAGAGACAGGACCUGAUUGACGAGUGGAAAGCCAAGGAGACCAAAAGAGGGAGCAACAACAAAACCAUUGACCCCAAUUCACUAAAGUGGACCCCGCCCAAAGGCACAUAGGGAACUCAUAAACUCUACUUCUACCGCACCUGCCAGGAUAGGAGUCCUAUUGACACCACAGUGUUCUUCUGUCCCUACGUCCUACCUGUAGAGUUUCCCUUUACUAGGUUUUUCUUGUCUGGAGUAAAUAUCUUCCCGUUUUACAUUUUGACUCAUAUUUAUUUUUUAGUAAUGUGACACCAAUCAAGUCUUGGCUAAAUAUUGUUACACAAUGAACGUUUCAGAAUUUAAGUUGAUUACUUUAGUUUAAAACCAUUUUCUUAGUUAAGCUACGAAUGUAUUUGCAUUUCGUCUAAGCCUUGUACCGAGAACCUCUGACUGAAGUGGAUCAAAUGCUGAAUGUUUGCCUCAUUCUGAGAAAAGAAAAACGUACUUCUGAAUAGCUGCAGCAUUUUUGGCCAUUUAUUCUAUUGAACACAGUUGCAGUUCUUUACAGAGACAAACCUUUUUGGGAUAGAAUAUACUGUAUAAUAAUCACUGGCAUGAACUUUGAUACGUUAAAGACAGCAUUUUUUCUUAAAGUAUGUUGCUUUGUUUUCUAUGGUAGUCCUUUUUGCGUGGAUAUAAAUAUUGUGUAGAUCUUGUAAACAUUAAUCCAUCUUUUUUUCUAGCUUUACUGAUACUGGAGUUUGUCCCAUUCUUCUUGUGAAUCUGCCAAAUGAAGAAAUAAAAUGAGUACAUAAUGCCAGUUAUAAUGCUUGGUUUGCAUUCAGUCAACACCUAAUAGACGUUGUACAUUAGCGUUACAAAGUGCUCUCAGGUUUUAACAGUAACGUUGUGUAAGUCAUACCGGGCUGUGUGGGUGACCCCUCUGCAACAUCCACGCCCGUGCUGGUAGCAUCUGGAAGGAUUCUCGUGAACGAUUCUGUAGCAACAAAAGUGCAUUUGGUCACAACACACACACACACCCCCUACUGGAAUUGUUCAUACUGUUUUUAUUGUUUUUACUUUCAGUGAUAUUUCUCUGUGCUGUGUCUUUUCAAAAUAAAAAUGCCUUGUGUUGUGUAUCUAA